AUGGCGCCGUCGAAGGACCCUUCCGAGUUGAAAAAGACCUUUGUAGAUCAAGUGGGAGAGGCACAAUGGGACGAAACAUGGGAGAGCAUUGCAAAGCUCAGCCCCGAGCUGUUCGAGGCCAGCGUUGAUCUGUUGGCGGUGCCACGAAAGAAGCGACAUCUCUCGCCCAAAGUCCAACAACUCAUGUCCAUCGCCGUCGACGCUGCCUCCACUCAUCUGUACGUGCCGGGAGUGAGGAAACACAUCGACGCGGCCCUCAAAGAGGGCGCGACACCAGCCGAGGUCAUUGAGGUCAUUGAGCUGACGGGCACCCUGGGCAUUCAUGCAUGUAACAUUGGAGUCCCCUUGUUGGUCGAGGUCAUGAAAGAAGAGGGCAUCUACGAACAACAUCCUACGGGGGGCAAACCGUUUGACGAGCGGCGCGAGAAGCUGAAGGCUGACUUCACCAAGAAUCGAGGCUACUGGCAUACUUUCUGGGAGGACUUUCUUGCCCUGGACCCGGAAUUCUUCGAGGCUUAUCUCAAGUUCUCGUCGGUGCCCUGGUUGAAAGACGUGGACGGUUCAGGAAAGGGAGGCGGUGCCCUAGAACCCAAGGUCAAAGAACUGGUCUACUGCGCCUUCGACGCUGCCGCGACGCAUCUCUAUGUUCCGGGCCUGAAGCUGCACAUGAAGAAUGUCCUCAAGUACGGCGGCACGCCUGAAGAGAUCAUGGAAGUGUUGGAGAUUGCCACUCAGCUCAGUCUACAUACGUCUAAUGUUGCAGCUCCGAUAUUGGCUCAGCGACUGAACAAAACGUAG